UUUGGGCAUUUCACUAUCCACAAACUAAAAAAAAAAUGAUCAGCAGCUAAACUAUCUCCUGAAGAAGAAUUGCUCUGGAUCGGUUAAAAUUGAUUCCUCCAAGAACUUGAACGCCAUGGCUUCUCUUCCUGAAAUUGGUUCAGCGAUUUUCGAAGCUGCGGCUAAAGGAGACCUUAAACAACUCAAAGCAAUUAGCAAAAAGGUUGAUGACAAGUGGGAGCUGCGGCAAAUCUGCGAUGAAUACUACGAUUUCUCCACCGGCCGGAAUGUGCUGCAUAUUGCAGCUGGAAUGGGGCAUUUUGAUAUCUGCAAAUUCUUGAUCGAGGGCCUCCAAGUUUACAUAAAUUCCUUCACUUUCAAGAGGGAUACUCCUGUGGCAGAGGCUGUGAAAGGGGGAAACAUGAAAAUUGUGAAGUUUUUCAUCAAACAUGAUGCUGUAACUGGUUAUGCAAAUAUUGGGGGAUUCACUCCAUUGCACUAUGCAGUUCUAAAAGAUGAUAUCGAGCUUGUGCGAUUGUUGGUGAUGCAAGGUGGUUUGAUGGAUCGAGAUUCUGGAGAUGGAACGCCUUUACAGAUUGCUGUUUCUCGUGGAAACGUUGAGGCUGUCAAGUGUCUCCUAUCUCGUGGCGCAAAUCCGUCUUAUUAUGAUGCACUAGCCGACACGCCUCUUUUAUGUGCACUCAAGUCUCGCUCGUUUGAAUGCUUCGAUGUGCUGCUUGAGGCUGGUGCGGACCCGAAUGUGUAUUACUUCGGGUUAAGUCCUUUGGGAUUUGCUGCAAAACAAGACGACACAAAAAUUGUAACGCGUUUGCUUGAAGCUAAAGCAAAUCCAGAUUCAUUUCAAGCAGAUUUUACUAAACCAAUUCAGGAUGCUGCUAUGGUGCGUAAUCGUGCUGCUGUGGAGAUUUUGUUUCCCGUGACUUCACAAAUUGCAGAUUAUCCAAAUUGGAGCGUUGAUGGCAUAAUCGAGCACACUGAUUCGGAAGAAUUCAAAACAAAGAUGGCGAAGAAAAUGAGAGUCGGCUUGGCAGAAGAAGACAUCAGAGGGAAGCAAUACGCGAGCAAUAAGGAAUACCGCGAUUCCGUCUUAAACUAUAGAAUGGCUACGCACCUUGAACCGUCAAACCCCACGUGGGUAUUAAAGCUAAGCACGUGUGAAGCGCGCAUGGGUCAAUGCAACCGUGCUCUGUUUAACGUUCAGAAAUGCAUUCGACUCGAGCCAGACUCGGCCGUCCCUUACCAUGAAGGAGAAAAAAUUGUUUAUGAGAUAGUCAAGAAAUUCCUCAUGGCAUGCCUUGCCUUCUCCUUGGAUCCUCACAACAGGAACACUGGUGAUGCAUUUAGAGUUUGUUUGUUUGAUUACUUUGUUUGGUUGAGUCAGAUGAGCAGCCCUGACCAGAUUUUGAGUUGUAUUCUAUUGUAGAUAGCAUUGUUGAAUUUCCCCAUUUUUUGGAGGAGAUAAUAUUUUGGAUCAUAUUCAAUUGUCGCAAAUCAUAUACUCCACAUUGAUUCAUAAUUCAUGCAAAUAUUUGUUUCAUAUACUCCACACUGAUCAAUUUAUAAUGUUAAUUUAA